AUGUCUGUUCCCGAGAGCUGCAAGGUUUUGAUUGUGGGUGGUGGCCCUGCAGGGUCCUACUCCGCUUCGGUUCUGGCCCGUGAGGGUAUCAGUGUGGUUGUGUUGGAAGCCGACAAAUUUCCCAGGUCAGUUCUGACUUCAAAGCUUGCACAACGCAAGAAAAUCGAGCUCAGCAAACAUGCUAACUAUGAACGAAGAUAUCAUAUCGGAGAGAGCAUGCUUCCCUCUAUGCGCCACUUCCUCAAGUUCAUUGAUUGCUACGAGAAGUUCGAUUCUCAUGGCUUCCGCAUCAAGAAUGGUGGUGCUUUCCGCCUGAACUGGUCCCGCCCUGAGACAUGCUACUCCUGGAACGUCAUCCGAUCUGAGGCAGAUGAGAUUCUCUUCCGCCAUGCUGGCGAGAGCGGAGCAAAGAUCUUUGACGAGACCAAGGUCACCAGCAUCGAAUUCGAGCCUUCCUCCGAGGAGUCUACUGACUCUGAUGUUCCUAACCCCGGAAAGCCUGUUUCGGCAACCUGGUCUCGCAAGGAUGGCAGCACUGGCUCUGUCAAGUUUGACUACAUCAUUGACGCCAGUGGCCGGGCCGGUAUUGUCAGCACAAAGUAUCUCAAGAACCGGCGGUACAACCAAGGUCUCAAGAAUGUUGCCAGCUGGGCCUACUGGAACGGUGGUGGCACUUACGGAGUUGGCACCCACAAGGUCGGCUCGCCGUACUUUGAGGCCUUGAAGGAUGCCAGUGGCUGGGUUUGGUUUAUUCCUCUCCACAACGGUACCCACUCUGUUGGUAUUGUGCAGAACCAGGCCAAGGCCACCGAGAAGAAGAAGGCAAUGGACUCACCUUCCAGCAAGGACUUCUAUCUUGAAUCUUUGAACUUGGUCCCGGGUAUCAAGGAUCUGCUAGCAAACGGCGAGCUGGUCUCCGAGGUCAAGUCUGCUUCCGACUGGUCUUACAGCGCUUCUACAUAUGCUUUCCCUCAGGUCCGUAUCGCUGGAGAUGCCGGAUGCUUCAUUGAUCCCUUCUUCUCUUCUGGUGUGCACCUUGCCCUGUCCAGUGGUUUGUCUGCUGCGACAACUAUUGCCGCUGCCAUCCGUGGGGACGUCACUGAGAAGGAGGCCGCAACAUGGCACUCCAAGAAAGUGUCCGAGGGCUACACUCGUUUCCUUCUGGUCGUCCUGAGCUCCCUCAAACAGAUCCGCUCCCAGGAUGAACCUGUAUUGAACGACUGGGAUGAGGAGAGCUUCGAGCGAGCCUUCGAUCACUUCCGACCCAUCAUCCAGGGUACGGUCGACACAGACACCAAAGGCAAGUUGAGUACCGCAGAAAUCUCCAAGACCAUCGACUUCUGCUUCCGAGCCUUUGCCCACGUCCCCAUCGAACAGAAGGAUGCUCUGCUCGAGAAGCUCAAAAACCUCGGUCUGAGCGAUCCCACAGCCACAGACCUCAAGACCCGUGAGGCUAUCGAGGAGCUGGAGAAGACCCUCUCUCCCGAGGAGUUGAACAUUAUGAACACAAUUCGUGGACGCCGGAUGAUUCGUGCCGAGGACUCCUUGAACAUUGAGAACUUCACUCUGGACACUAUCAACGGCAUGGCUCCCUACCUUCAGCGUGGAAGUCUGACACUGCGCAAGGCCGAGGGAUACAAGCCUGAUGUCUCAAAGACGGAUCUUCUUUCAUUCCUCAAUGGUGAAGCUGCUCAUCAUGAAGAUUCCAAGGACGAGAAAGUACCUGCUGUUGCAGUUGAGGAGGUUACUGCUAUUGUUGUUUAA